GCAUAACAUAAAUAUGUCAUAUAUGUACUUGUAGAGCUUGUGUGAUAGGACUAGUGAAACAUGGAGGUGAAUAAAGAUGAAAACAGUUUCUUAGAAAGCAUGAAACAGGAGAUUAAUCAGAUUAUAAAAGAAGAAGAAGAAGAAGGGGAAGAGAUUCUCAAGAAGAGAAUCUCAAGCCACCCUUUGUAUGAGCUUCUGCUUAGCUCACAUCUCGGUUGUCUAAAGGUGUGUUCCGGCGACUUUGAGUCACCGGAGAUCAUGAACACGGCAGAUAAUCUUUCCCUAACCAAACUCUCUCUCCACACUGAUUCUUCCCCCGAAACUACCUCUUCAGAACUUGAUCAAUUCAUGGAAGCGUAUUGCUCGACUCUACGGGAGCUGAAGGAAGCCAUGGAGAAGCCUCUCGUCGAAACGCACCGUUUUAUGGAAGCAGUGUACACUCAGCUAAACGACAUCGUUAUGUCAUCACCCCCUUGAAAAGGCGAAACAUGACAAUUGAUUCGGUGCUAUCAUGUUACUACUUACUACAUUUGGCCAAAUUGCUAGCGUACUACUCGCGUUUCACUGUGCUGCGUUUUCGGAACGCUUUUGUAGAAUCGUUUAAUUUAAUGGUAAUCGCAAUUUUUAAAAGUGCUAGCAUGCCUUCUCGCUUUGUAUAUUUAAGAAAGGUCAAACUAAAAUUAAAUUUCUCUUAAUUAAUUUAAAA